CUGAAGAGGACUGCAAACCGGAACCUCCAAAGCAAACAAAGUAACCACGAGUUAGAUAAGUAACUUUACUUCGUAGCAAAGUGUUUUUUGUGCGGUGGCAGCGGCCAGUAAGACAUAUAAUUGUUGUUCCAAGUAGCAGCUGCGACAUAAAACCACAUUUGUGGUGUUGUUUUUUUUCUGUAUUUGACAUAAUAAACAAGCUAGCAGGCUAGUCAGGCUAACUCCAACUGCAGCUGACUGACUUUUUCGCUGAAGAGAGCCUUGCUGGUUGGAGCAAAGUUUAAUUUUCUCAGUUUAAGUACUUUGGCCAGACAGUUGCUCCCGUUACCUUAAAGAGGAGUGGAAAGUGUUGUUGGGAAUGUCGUCCCCAACACACGGUGGUCACUGCAGCAGUCCUGAUGGCUCUACCAACACAUCAGACAGCGACUCAGAGGACGAGCCCAAGCUCCCUCUCAACCAGUUCUACCCAUAUAUUCGCUGUGGACUCUGUUGCGGAUUCCUCAUCGACGCCACCACCAUCACAGAGUGCCUUCACACAUUUUGCAAAAGUUGCAUAGUGAAGCACUUCUUCUACAGCAACAGGUGCCCCACGUGCACCAUCGUGGUCCACCAGACACAGCCACUCUACAACAUCAGGCCUGACAGACAAUUGCAGGAUAUUGUUUACAAAAUGGUUCCCUCUCUGGAGGAAUUGGAGAGAGAACAAAUGUGUAAUUUCUACAAAAAGAGAGGGUUGGAGGUGCCAAAACCAGUGGUUGUUUCCCCUCCAGGCCCAGCGGUGUUGAGGAGGCAGAAGAAGGAUAUAAUUCACCAGUCGGUGUUUACCAUUCCCCCUGAGCUGGAUGUCUCACUGCUGUUGGAGUUUGUAGGGGCUGAAGAGGGCAUCAGCAACUUCAAGCCAUUGGAGAGGCGCUACGUCCGUGUGUCCAGCUCGGCCACCAUCCGCCACGUGGAGCUCUUCAUCAGGAGGAAGAUGGAGCUCAGCCCAACCUGCCAGGUAGAUGUGGUUUGUGGAGACCACUUGCUAGACCACUACCAGUCACUCAGAGACAUUCAGAACUCUAUGGGAGAGGAGGCCCUGCAGGAUGGUCUGUUGGUGCUGCACUUUGGCCUGGUCCUGCCCUCUGAGUCUUGAGCUGGAGAGAAAGCUGUAGUAGUACUUGAAGGGAUACCUUGGCAUUUUUGGAUUUUUAUCUGUCGUUUCUUUUCGUCAGACUCUUGUCACAGUGGAAGGUGAAGUUUCUGCAUGAGUAUGGCUGUCUCUCAAAAACUCACUGAUUAGUCUUGUUAGAUUUAUCAUAAAUCAAAUGGCUUGUCACUUGCUGCUAACAAAAACUCCAGCUCAAAACUGUUGAAGCUGCUAACUUAAAGCAACAGUUCACCUAAACAGAAAAGACAGACGUAGUUUGUGUGGUGUGGUUGCAGUCUGCCGCGAUCCUCCCUGUCUCCCCUCAGAACAAUGGUUUGUGGAGCUCAAACUGUCAAAGACUUUACUGCUGAACAACACCAGCAAACUGAAUCUAUCUGCCCCCAAAUUUAUAUUUAUUGGGGCUGCAUAGAUAAAAGUUUGCCUAGAGACAGGUGAGAUGGCAAUAGAUUGGAAACUACAAAAUCACACAAAGCCAUCUUUGGAUUACCCAAGGGGUAAAUGCGAAAAUAGCUUUUUUUUUUUUUUCCUCUUAAAUGUAUUUUUGGUGAAAUGUUCUGUAAUUAACUCAGAAAAUGUAUCAUAUGGUUGGCAUAAGCAUUUGGUUUGAAAGUGAAAUGCUACUGCUAGUGACAGUGUAAUUUCUUCCUUUAAUAGUGUUCAGUAGAAACGUGUCAAAGCUGUAAAAUGUCACGUUUUGAUACAGGUAACAAUAUACAGUCAUAUAUGGUUUUGAUUUAUUGAAAUGUCAGUGCAUUUCCCUCACCUCAUAGCCUGAUGAAGAAAAACACGAGAGGGAAACCUGAAAACGUCAAGGCAUUCUUGAUGCAACACUGCUACCUGAGGAGCGUGGAGACACCUCUGUCUGUCACCACUACGUCUUCCAAUGCAACAAAGACACAGUUUCCCUGAAAACGUCAACCAGUCUAGAGUAGCCAUCUGUUGGCACACGUGGGACCUCUUUCUUUCUUUUGAUUUGUGGAUUUUAGGUUUUCAGUUGUGGUCUUCUUAGUUAAAUUCCAGAGGUUGAUGUGAUUUCAAAGGGCUUCAAACUAAAAGAUUUGUACUACUCCGACUACCAAAGGCUUGUAUAUUUCUUAAGGGGUUUAAAUCUACACUGUAUCUUUAGAACUGAUUGCCUUUUUUUAUUGAUGUGUACACCUAAUUUAAGAAUUGCUAACUUUUUUCAGGCUGUCUGCUGUGAAUAAAUGCCAUUUCCCAGAGGAAAUCUGUUUCAUAUCUCCAUACAACUGUCAAUUGUUAAUAAAGGGAGUUUAUAUAGAAAAUCUUUGAUAGGAUUUGUUAUGCAACACCUUUGCUACAUGGAUUUUUUUCAGCUUGAAUAAAUAAUUGACUGUG